AUGGAAUUAGACUGUCCAUUACAACCAAUAAUCCGUGGCUGCAGCAGCAGCAAAUGGAGGGACAGUAAUAAUGGAAUCUUUUUUGUUUUACCAGAGGAUAUUUUGAUGGAAAUACUGUGUAGGGUGCCGGACAAGCCCCUGGUCAGACUUAAGUGUCUGUCCAAAGCGUGGUACUUUUUGAUUUCUCGACUUUGUAUUCCGAUUAUGUCAUCCCCACCCAUUGCGAGGCCAAGGCCUGUUGUUGGCCUGUAUUUUCGUACUUGGCAGCUCAUUAAGAAGGAAUUUCAAUUCGUUACCAGAACACGACAUCACCCUUUAUUAUCUUAUUUUUCUGGUGAUAGCCUGCCGAAAUAUUAUUCUCGAGAAAGACACUUUGGUCAUUAUGCAUCACUCAAUGAUGAAGGUGAAAGCAGUGGCGAUGGCAAAGGGCGGCUCUUUGGGUGGGGGGGAUGCGUUGGCUCUUAUGAUUUACCGUUUAUGCCUCAACCAGAUGACCUUCUUGACUGCUGUAAUGGCUUGCUUUUAUUCGUUGAUACUACUACUUCUGAUUACUAUGUCUCUAAUCCGCUGACCAAACAGUAUGUGUUGAUUCCUCGACCCUGUUGGAGUCAGCAAGAAUUUCUUAAUGCUGCACUUGCGUUUGAUCCAUCUAAAUCAACUUGUUACAGAAUUGUUCGGUUUGAAAGGAUUAUAAAGGAGAGGAGCCUAGUUUUACACAUAUACUCUUCUGGCAACAGGAGUUGGUCUAGACGCUCAGUAAAACAGGGCCCAUGUGAAAGUAGAACCCUAUGGUUCCGGCCUUCGACAUAUUUCAAUGGGGCAUUGUUUCGGUUAUCUUUGUCUUGGCACCUUAUACAGAUUGAUCUUGAGGAAUUCAGUGUUUGUGCAACGGAGCUCCCUUUGACAGUUGGCCAGUCCAAAGGUCUGAUAGGUUGCCUUGGAGUGCUGAAGGGACGACUAUGCUAUGCUAAUGAAGACGGCAACGUGAUGAACAUUUGGUCAUUCGAGAAGCAAGGUUGUGAUAACUUCGGUAAAUGGGUUUUGAGGCAUAACAUCAAUAUUUAUGAUUUGACUCGUGGUCUGGUGCUGUGUAGAGAAUGUGGCCCUCCUGAUUCUAAAUGGGUUGGACCUAUUGCUUUCCAUCCGAGCUCUAGCAUUGUCUUCCUGGGCACUCCUCUCGUGAUCCUGAGAUAUAAUUUGGAUAAUAACAUGCUGGAAGAGCUUAUCAGAAUAGAGAAAGAUCUCAUUUUUCCUGGAUGUUACUAUCCUGCUUUUACUUAUGUUCGAUAUCUUGCCCCAUUCAAUAAAGAAGGCAACAUUUGUGCCAUGCCCAUGUAA